AUGCCGGCAUAUGCCAAGUUCGUGAAGGAGAUUCUGUUAAAAAAAAGAAAAAGUGGUAGUGAAAUAGUGAUGCUUACCGAAGAGUGCAGUGCUAUUCUACAGAGGAAGCUGCCACCUAAGCUCAAGGAUCAUGGAAGCUUCUCUAUUCCUUGUGCUAGUUUGAGUCUUAUGCCCCUUUCCAUUUACAAAAGGUUAGGCAUUGGAAGAGUCAAAGACACACAACUGAUGUUACAGUUUGCGAAUCGUUCGAUGAAACACCCAUAUGGGGUGGUGGAAGAUGUGUUGGUCAAAGUAGAUAAGUUCGUUUUUCCUAGUGGAUUUUGUGGUACUAGACAUGGAGGAAUACAAUGA